AUGUCGAAGCGCGCGGCCGCUAGCUCCACCUCACGGCAAGUUCGCUCGCGCGCCGUUGAACUCCACGAACUCCUCGUCGGCCCCGUGACGGGCGUUCUCAUCGGAGGCGAAGAUGUGGAUCUUCACAGCACGAGCCUCGACGUGUCCGACAACGAGCUCCGCGCGCUGCCCGAGGCGAUCGCCCAGCUAGUCGCGCUGCAGAAGCUCAGCGUGUGCGACAACAAGCUCCGCGCGCUGCCUGACGAGAUCGGCGAGCUGGUCGCACUUCAGGAGCUCGACGUGUCCUGCAACAAGCUCGGCGCGCUGCCCGAGGCCAUCGGCCAGCUGGUCGCGCUGCAGCAUCUCGACGUGUCCUACAACCAGCUCUGCGCGCUGCCUAAGGAGAUUACCCAGCUGGUCAAGCUGCAGACGCUCAACGUGUACCACAACCAGCUCGGCGCGCUGCCUAAGGAGAUUACCCAGCUGGUCAAGCUGCAGGAGCUCGACGUGUCCGACAACCAGCUCCGCGCGCUGCCCGAGGCGAUCGGCAAGCUGGUCACGCUGCAGAAGCUCGACGUGUCCCGCAACCAGCUCCGCGCGCUGCCCGAGGCGAUCGGUAAGCUGGUCAAGCUGCAGAGGCUCGACGUCGAACACAACCAGCUCGGCGCGCUGCCCGAGGCGCUCGACCAGCUGGUCGCGCUGCAGUAUCUCGACGUGUCCUACAACCAGCUCUGCGCGCUGCCUAAGGAGAUUACCCAGCUGGUCAAGCUGCAGGAGCUCGACGUGUCCAACAACCAGCUCCGCGCGCUGCCCGAGGCGAUCGCCCAGCUAGUCGCGCUGCAGAAGCUCAACGUGUGCGACAACAAGCUCCGCGCGCUGCCUGACGAGAUCGGCGAGCUGGUCGCACUUCAGGAGCUCAACGUGUCCGUCAACCAGCUCGGCGCGCUGCCCGAGGCGCUCGGCCAGCUGGUCGCGCUGCAGUUUCUCUACGUGGACCACAACCAGCUCCGCGCGCUGCCCGAGGCGAUUGGAAAGCUGAUUGCGCUGCAUACGCUUAUGGUGUACAACAACCAGCUCCGCGCGCUGCCCGAGGCGAUUGGCAGCCUGCAAAUGCUCGGGGACCUGCGCGUGUGGGAGAAUCCGCUGCAGCGACCGCCCCUGGCCAUCGCCGACCAGGGCAUCGACGCGAUCCGCCGCUACUUUGAGGCGCUGCGGCUCGGCAGAACCGUCUCGCGCACCUGCAAGCUCGUCAUGGUCGGUGACGGCCUCGCGGGCAAGACGUCCCUUUUGCGCGGCUGGCGCAACGGCUGCCAGCCGAGCCCGGCGGCGCCCGAGGCGCGCACCGUCAACGUCGAGCUCGCCACGACGCCCCUGACGCUCGACGCCACCGGGGCUGCGGUCGCCGCCGACGACGCCUCCGCCGACAUCCACCUCUCAUGCUGGGACCUCGGCGGCCAGGUCGAGUACAGCGGCGUGCAGCAAGCCUACCUUACGUUGGAUGCGCUCUAUGUGCUCGUCGUCCACGCGCGCAAGACGCGGAGCGAUGCCGACGCGGCGGACCUGUGCCGGUGGCUCGACUGCCUGCAGGCGUGCGCGCCGGGCGCCGCCGUGCAGCCCUUCAUCUCUCACGACGACAGCUUUGGCACCGCCGGCGCCCGCGCUCGGGCGCGUCGCUGGCUCUCGGCCCGCUUCCGCGAGCACGAGGAGCACCACGCGCAGCAACCCGUUGCCGACGGCGAGUCGCGGCCCCCCGUGCUCCGCAUCCAGUACGCCGAUACAGAGAUCCCGUGCGUCAACGCCUCGUCCGGCGGCAACGAGUCGCUGGUGCGCAGUCUGCAGCGCCUGCAUGCCGUGGCUACCACGCCUGGUCUGCUGCCCAUUAUCGGUCAGCAGCUGCCCGCCACGUGGGCGGCGGCGAUGGGCUUCGUGCGCGCCGUUUGCAAGGGAACCAACGGCUGUGCGGCCGCUCGAGCGGUCAUCCUCGAGGCGGCCGGUGCUGUGCGACCCGCGCGCCGCUUGUGGCGAGUCGCGCCCUCGCCACCACGCCUCUACAUGCCCGAGCAUGAACUGCGCGCCCUUUGGGAGUCGGCGGCGGCCGAGGUGGUCGUCGUGUUAGAGCGGGACCAGCUCGGCGAGGACAAGGCGGUCUUGAUCGACUCGUUCCGCCUCAGCGAGAUGCGCACGCAGAUUCUCGACGAGGCGCUCCGCACGCUCAGCAAACAAGGUGAGAUCUUUGUCGCCGCGGGCAUCGUCUACCUCGAUCCCGCCUUCAUCACCUCGCUCGUGUCGCCGCUCCUUGACCACCAGCUGAGGGACAAGCUCGACGAGCGCAGGGACGGCACCGUCUGGGCCGAGUUGCCACCACAGUUUGCCGCCAUGUGCAAAUCGUUUGCUCGCCUCCUCGUCGAGCAAGCCCAGCUCCAGCCCGCGCUGCUCGACGCCCUGUGGCCGCACCAACUCAUUCGCGCAGCCGAUCGCCCGAGCGUGCUUGAGCACCUCGAGCAUCCGGACGUCGGGCUGCUCAUGAAGCAGGCGGCGACCCCGGCGCGCGCCCUCCACUUGAGCGACGAGCACUAUUGGCUCGUCCCGAUGCGCCUCUGCGAGGAUGUGCCCGCCGACCUUGCAAGCGUCUGGCCCGAUCCGGGGACAGAUGGCGCUCUACGCCUCCGCUUCGAGCUGUUAGAAGGGCUCCCCCUCCCCCUCCACAUGGGCAUUCGGGAGCGCUGCGUCGCCGCGUUCCAGAAGGCAUGCCCCGUCCUGCGCUGCUGGCGUUCGGGUGCGGUGCUCGGGCUCCCCGGUGCUGCUGCUGCGGCAGCAAUGCUGCGAGUUGAAGCCACCGCGAUCAUCGUCGAGGUGCGCACCUCGGGCGACGGCAAGGACGGCCUGCUGCUCCACAAGCUCCACAGCAUCGUGCUCGGCGUCCAGGAUCGCUAUCGGCUGCCGUGGCGGCCACCACCAUCCAUCCCUUCCAACCAGGGGUACGAGGGCACGUGCGUCGCCCACUCGCUCCUAAAGGUGGUCAUCGCGCAGCUUGACGCCAAGUACGGCAUAAGCAUCGAUUUCGACCGGCACAUCCAGUCGGUGAUCGAAGCGGCAGAUUGUCUGAGUGGUGCGCAUGUUCCAGACGUGGCGGAGCGUGUGAGCAACAUGCGCACCGGGCUGGCAAGCUCGUCUGGCGAGCGCUUCCAGAUUCGCGUCGAAGUGCAGACCUACGAGAGUUUCGACCAGCUGCUCGGUGCGGUGAGCAACUCGCAGGGCCACAUCCACAUCGUCACGGGCACCUCGAACCAUGCGGUCGUGGCGGAGAGGCUCCAUGGCGCCGGCCAAGUCCGAUGCCGCAACAGCCAUGCGAGAGUAGGCCACGGCGCGCAUUCGAACUUGACGCGCAGCGCAUUCCAUGACUUUGACAUUGUGAGCACCACGAUCACGGCCAAGUGGGUGCCCAACUUGCGCGCCCAUGUCGAGGGAGAGGAGGAUGGCAGCUUCAUCCGCGCGGACGACGCGCGGUCGGGCUGUCCGGCUGUGCGAGAGUCAUGGCUACGCUUAUUCGGCUCGACGAUGGACGAUCUGAAGAGGGCGUUGGGAUUGCCCCCCUGA